AUCAGCACCCGCCACUGCAACUCUCAGGCUGGGGAGCCCUGCGUGGCCGCGCUGGCGCGGGUGGAGCGGACAGACUUCCUCUCCCCGGUGUGCAUCGGUGAGGUGGCCAAUGUCAGCGCCGAGAUCACCUAUACCUCCCGGCACUCUGUGGAGGUCCAGGUCAACGUCAUGUCUGAAAACAUUUUAACAGGGGCGAAGAAGGUGACAAACAAGGCAACGCUGUGGUACGUGCCGCUGUCCCUGAAGAACGUGAACAAGGUCCUGGAGGUUCCCCCCAUCCAGUAUGCGAGAAAGGAGCAGGAGGAUGAGGGGAAGAAGCGUUACGAGGAGCAAAAGCUGGAUCGGUUGGAAACUAAGCAGAGAAAUGGUGACAUGAUCUUCCCUGUCAUCAACCCAGAUAGGCAGACAAAAGAGCCGCACACUGUCGGCUACAGCCAGUCCAGCCUGGGACCAUCGGACGGCACGCUGCUGGGCUUCGUGCAUGGAGGUGUCACCAUGAAGCUCAUGGACGAGGUUGCUGGGAUUGUGGCCGCCCGCCACUGCAAGACCAACAUCGUCACUGCCUCGGUGGAUGCCAUCAACUUCCAUGAAAAGAUCAAAAAAGGCAGCGUCAUCACCAUUUCGGGGCGCAUGACCUUCACGAGCAAUAAAUCCAUGGAAAUUGAAGUCUUUGUGGAUGCCGACCCAUUCGUGGAUGAGCCUCGGGAGCGGUACCGUGCCGUCAGCGCCUUCUUCACCUACGUCUCCCUGAGCAAGGAGGGGAAGCCCCUACCUGUCCCGCAGCUGCUGACGGAGACGGAGGAUGAGAAGCGGCGCUUCGAGGAAGGGAAGGGCAGGUACCUCCAGACGAAAGCCAAGCGGCAGGCGCAGAUGCAACAGGCUGCCCGGCAGUGA